AAAUCGGCCAUUUCGACCGAGCAGGCGAGCGAGCGAGUCAGAAGCCGGGAGGGAUUAGAAAGAAGGCAGACUAGGCCGGAUAAGUUUAAGAGAAAUAUCUAUAACAAAGAAACAACAAAAAAAAACCAUCCAAGAUGAAUGAGACUGCACUUUCAUUUGCCAAGGAUUUCCUGGCCGGAGGAAUCGCCGCUGCUAUCUCCAAGACAGCUGUCGCUCCCAUUGAGAGAGUCAAGCUUCUCCUUCAGGUCCAGCAUGCCAGCAAGCAGAUCACGGUCGACAAGCAGUACAAGGGCAUUGUGGAUUGCGUGGUGCGCAUCCCUAAGGAGCAGGGCUUCCUGUCGUUCUGGAGGGGCAACCUGGCCAACGUGAUCCGGUACUUCCCUACCCAGGCCCUCAACUUCGCCUUCAAGGACAAGUACAAGAAGAUCUUCCUUGAUGGCGUGGACAAGCGCAAGCAGUUCUGGCGCUACUUCGCCGGUAACCUGGCGUCCGGAGGUGCUGCCGGAGCCACCUCGCUCUGCUUCGUCUACCCUCUCGACUUCGCCCGAACCCGUCUGGCUGCCGACGUGGGCAAAGCUGGUGCCGGGAGAGAGUUCACCGGCCUGGGCAACUGCCUGGUCAAGGUCUUCAAGUCCGACGGCCUCAAGGGGCUCUACCAGGGCUUCAACGUGUCCGUGCAGGGAAUCAUCAUCUACAGGGCGGCGUACUUCGGCAUCUACGACACCGCCAAAGGUAUGAUGCCCGACCCCAAGAACACCCACAUCGUCGUGAGCUGGAUGAUCGCUCAGACUGUAACGGCCGUCGCCGGUCUCGCGUCCUACCCGUUCGACACGGUCAGACGUCGCAUGAUGAUGCAGUCUGGCCGCAAAGGAGCCGACAUCAUGUACACCGGCACCAUCGACUGCUGGAAGAAGAUCGCACGCGAUGAAGGCUCAAAGGCCUUUUUCAAGGGUGCAUGGUCCAACGUGCUCCGUGGCAUGGGAGGCGCCUUCGUGCUGGUCCUGUACGACGAGCUCAAGAAGGUCAUCUAGACGUCCCCUUCUCGUCCGUCAACGUUUUUUUUAAAUAAUGUAAAGUUCACAGAGGGGGAAAAACAAGGAGGGAAAAGUAGAAAACGUUUAAAACAUGUAACGUAACAAAACAAACCUGUUGUUCUGGCUGGACUCUUCUGCCUCAUCAUUGAGGCUCGAGUAGUACUGCUGCUGGUUCUGGUUCUGAUUAAUACAGAGAUGGUGUUUAUUUAAAACGGUGUGUGUGAGAGUGUGUGUGUGUGUGUGUGAGAGAGAGAGUGAGAAUGUGAGAGAGAGGAGAACGAGCGCCAUUCUUAGUCUGUUUAUCAUAAUUUUUUCUCCCGGUCCCAACUGCCCAUCUUCAAUACUCAUUCCUACACGUGAGAAAGUCCUGAGCGUGUUCUCCCUGUUCACUCCGCCAGUUUUUAAUUCAUGACUUGAAUAAAUUCAACCUACUGAAAAAAACAAA